UUCUCUCCUUUGCAUUUGCUUCUGAUCAGUUUCGCCCAAAUUCACAAAUUACCCACACACACACACAAAAAAAAAAUUACGGCAAAAAAAAAGGGAAAGGGUUGAUCGAAAGUAUCUCUCUCUGCCCGUCAAGAACAACAUUGAAAGAUCCAAUCUUUAUGUCGUGUUUCGGAAUCUUCUGAGGAUUAGGGUUCCAUUUGGGUGACUUGGGAUUGAAGAAAAGAAGGGACAGUAGCCAUGUCUAGUUAUGUGGGUGUGCUUGUUUCGGAUCCAUGGCUUCAGAGCCAGUUCACUCAGGUCGAGUUACGAACCCUUAAGUCCAAGUUCAUCUCGAUUAGGACUCAAUCAGGUCACGUCACCAUUGGAGAUUUGCCUCCAGCUUUUGCAAAGUUGAAGGCGUUUAAUGGAACCUUCGAAGAGGAAGAGAUCAAGACUGUGUUAGGAGAGACGUAUAAAGACUCGGAAGAAGAAAUUGAAUUCGAGACCUUUCUCCGGGCAUUCUUGAGCGUUCAAGCCCGAGGAAUCGAGAAAUCAGGAGGCUCGAAACAUUCUUCUUCGUUUCUGAAAACUAGCACAACUACAGUUCGUCACGCCAUUAACGAAUCUGAGAAAGCUUCUUAUGUUGCCCAUAUCAAUAGUUACUUAGCUGAAGAUCCAUUCUUGAAGAACUUUCUUCCGAUUGAUCCAACCACUAAUGCCUUAUUCGAUUUGGCCACAGACGGGGUUCUGCUUUGUAAGCUUAUCAAUGUAGCGGUUCCCGGGACCAUAGAUGAAAGAGCUAUCAACACUAAGAAGGACCUUAACCUAUGGGAGAGGAAUGAGAACCAUACUCUUGGUCUUAAUUCUGCUAAAGCCAUUGGCUGCACUGUCGUUAAUAUCGGUACACAGGAUAUGGUUGAAGGAAGACCCCAUCUCGUACUCGGACUGAUAUCUCAGAUUAUAAAGAUUCAAUUAUUGGCGGAUCUUAAUCUGAGGAAAACUCCCCAACUCGUGGAGCUCAUCGAUGACAGUGAGGAUGUGGAAGAGCUCAUGGGUCUAGGUCCCGAAAAGGUUUUACUGAAAUGGAUGAAUUUUCAUCUGAAAAAAGUCGGGUAUGAGAAGCAAGUUACAAACUUCUCUUCGGAUUUGAAGGAUGGAGAGGCUUAUGCUCACUUGCUCAAUGCCCUUGCCCCUGAGCAUAGCACUCUCUCAACCUUAGAGACAAAAGACCCGACAGAAAGAGCGAAAAUGGUUCUAGAACAAGCUGAGAAGCUGGACUGCAAGAGAUAUAUUUCUCCCAAGGACAUUGUGGAAGGCUCGACAAAUCUUAAUAUUGCUUUUGUUGCCCAAAUUUUCCAACAUAGGAACGGAUUAACAGUUGACAUCCAGAAGAUGUCGUUUGCUGAGAUGAUGACGGAUGAUGCUCAGACAUCGAGAGAAGAAAGAUGCUUCAGACUUUGGAUCAACAGUCUGGGAAUAGCUACUUAUGUAAACAAUGUCUUCGAAGACGUUAGAAAUGGAUGGGUUCUGCUGGAAGUUCUUGACAAAGUCUCGCCUGGAUCUGUUAACUGGAAACUCGCUAAUAAGCCUCCUAUCAAGAUGCCAUUCAAGAAGGUAGAGAACUGCAACCAAGUCAUACAAGUCGGCAAAGAUUUGAGCUUCUCCCUCGUGAACGUGGCUGGCAACGAUUUCGUGCAAGGAAACAAGAAGCUCAUACUCGCAUUUUUAUGGCAAUUGAUGAGGUUUACAAUGCUCCAACUGCUCAAGAACUUGAGAUCAUGCUCACAGCACAAAGAGAUCACAGAUGCAGAUAUACUGAACUGGGCUAAUGGAAAAGUCAAGAAGGCCGGUAGGUCCUCUCAAAUGGAGAGCUUCAAGGACAAGAACCUCAGCAGCGGGAUUUUCUUCCUCGAUCUUCUCAGUGCUGUCGAGCCACGAGUGGUAAACUGGAGCAUUGUCACGAGCGGAGAGUCAGAUGAUGACAAGAGGCUGAAUGCUAAUUACAUAAUCAGUGUGGCAAGAAAACUCGGCUGCUCCAUCUUUCUAUUACCCGAGGACAUUUUCGAGGUGAAUCAGAAGAUGAUGCUCAUUUUGACAGCAAGCAUCAUGUACUGGAGCCUGCAGCAGCAAGGGGAAGACGGUGAAUCAACGGCUUCGGAAGCUGGAGCCGAAGUCGCUGACGGGGCAGAAGUCUCUGACUCGGCCGUCGACAGUGCUGCUCCGUCCGAGAUGGGUAGCCCCAUUGCAGGGGCUGAGGGGGAAAAGUGAACCAAGUGAUCGUGUGGGGUCAAAAUAUAAAUAAUGGAUAGUUGAGGAUUGUUUUUUUUUUCUGUGAGACCCACUUCUUGUAAUAAGAUGGAUCACGGAAUGGUCCUUCCCCGAAGGGGUUCCAUUUUUUGGUUGGAUGUAAAUUUUC